UCAAUCACAUGACCAUAUUCUAAAACAAUAUGGCAGCUCCCGGUAACCCAAUCCUUUUCAUCGUUACCGGGAUUCCUAGCAGUUUUCGAUCGGCACAUCUCCGUCAUUACUUCAGUCAGUUCACAGAGAGCGAAGGUUUCGUGUGUUUUCAUUUCAGACACCGGCCUGAGCGGCGCGGAGAAAAUGCAGAGAGUUUCGGGACAUGUUGUUGUCCCGUGGCUGUUACUGCUGAUCGGGCCCAGAGCUUCAUUCGCAUGUAUGGAGGGAAACCCUGGUUAGAUGUGGACGGAACCCAAGUCCCUGGCCGAUGUGUCAUACAUAAGGUGAAAGACGGACCUGAUACAGAUCCCUCAGCUUUUCCCUACAAAACUCGAGGAGAGUUGCAGGAAACGCGAAAUGCAGAGGUGGCGCAGACUGUGACAGCGACAGAGCUACAAAGAAUGUCUGAGCUGAACCCUCCAGCACUGAUGCCCCAGGGGAAUGUGGGAACACCUACAGGAGUCUUCCUGCAGUUAAUCCGUACAUGCCGCCUGCCCCCCAGGCUAAUUUCUCGACUGGGACUGCGAUUUCCUGGUGCUGGGCGUCAUUAUGGUAAAGUGCCCUUCAGCUACGCAGGCACAGAGAUAGCACACGGGGAGGAAGGGGUUUACACUGCCAGUGGACAGGAGAUAACCGAAGGAGGCCAUAUAAGAGCCAAAGUAGACGCAGACAAAGAGGAGGAGACUAUUGAAGAAUCUCACUCUGAUGAUGACGAUGAUACAUGUGAGGAGUGGGAGCGCCAUGAGGCUUUGCACGAGGAUGUCACCUCACAGGAGCGCAGCAAGGAACGUCUAUUUGAGGAGAGGAUUGAACUUAAGUGGGAGAAAGGAGGCUCUGGGCUGGUGUUCUACACAGAUGCCCAAUAUUGGCAGGAGGAAGAGGGAGAUUUUGAUGAGCAGACAGCUGAUGAUUGGGAUGUUGACAUGAGUGGCUAUUAUGAAGAAGGGGCAGGAGACAAAGACGCCAAAGACUAUUUGAAAAUGCGCCUUGAAAAGAGAAAACGUGAUGGCAUCAGCACUGCACGGGAAGAGAGUGGUCUAGGGUUAUUUGAACAAUAUACCAAGGGUAUUGGUCGGAAGUUAAUGGAACAGCAAGGAUGGAAAGAGGGAACUGGCCUGGGAGCCAGUGGGGCAGGAAUACCAGAUGCCUUAGAAAAUGAAGGACAGAACCCCAAGUGCAGAAGAGGAUUGGGGUAUCAUGGGGAGAAAUUGCAGAGAUUCUGUGCACCUAAGCCUAAAUCGCACAUUAUUUCUACUGUGUAUGACCAGCCACGGGUAGAAGAUGGUGGUGACACGCUGUUUAGACGUCAGCUUUCAUCUGCCAUGAAAUAUGUGAGAAGGGGAAGAACUGGUGGCAAUGACUGACUAGGAGGAUAGAAGAAAAACGUACAUAGAACUGGAGAUAAUGUACCUGAUCUUUUGGCCACUGUAAAAUAGUCUAAUACAAGAUAAUGUGUUUUUAAAUAAGUGUAUUUGUUGGUAAAACAUUUUUUUUUUAAAUGGUAUCAAAACUUUUAUAGGACAAAGACAUUAAGACCCACAGGAAAGACUUGCAGAAACCUGAUUGGAGAGAGAUGGGACACAGCACAACAGCAAUAUAUACUCGCCUAAUGAGUAACUUGUACAACCCCCUGGGUGCAAAAGAUGACAACUGCAGGAUGGCGCAUACUCAUGCACAUGACACUGUUAUGUUGAUGGAAAGGACUUAAGGGACAGAAAUCCAAAUGGCUUUAUAAAUCAGAUACCUAUGUGAAACAGGACUUUUUUUUGCCAACAUAUAUAUUUUUAAAUUAUUCUCUAAAACAUAUAUUAAACAAAUGCUGCAAUGUUGGGAAGUAGAACUUCCUGUGUUAUACAUUUUAUUAAAAUAUUUAUUUUUUUACUACAAUACAAGAA